CUUUGUUUUUGAGUUGAAGAAAAUUUUAUCAUACAUAUCGUAGACAUGAGAAUAUUUAAGCGCUACAUUUUAUUUUUAAGUGGCGUAGCAGUGAGUGUGCUUCUCUCAAUAACUUAUUCACAUGUUCUAAGGACUCUGACACCUGCAUGUGCCGUGCAUGCAAGGAAUGCAUAUACUGUAUGGCAUACAGCCCAGAGCAGAAGAGCAGCACAAGACCUUAGCCAGAAGGUCAGAGUGUUAUGCUGGGUAAUGACGCAGCCUGAACACCUGGAAUCUAGAACCCAACAUGUGCGUGACACAUGGGGCAAACGCUGCAACAUCAUUCUGUACAUGAGCUCGAAGGAGUCAGACUUCCCCACGGUAGGGCUCAACGUGUCAGAAGGACGCAGUCAACUCUACUGGAAGACCAUACGGGCCUUCCAGCACAUUCACAAGCACCAUCUGGAUGAUGCUGAUUGGUUCCUCAAAGCUGACGAUGACACGUUUGUUGUCCUUGAGAAUUUGCGCUACGGUCUGUCCAAGCACAACACAGAGGAGCCACUGUAUUUUGGACGUAGGUUCGCACCAUUCGUUAAACAGGGCUACAUGAGCGGAGGGGCUGGUUAUGUCCUCAGUAAGGAAGCUUUGAGGAGAUUCGUGAAAGGUUUUGCUAAUGGACUUUGCACACACAACACAGAACUUGAGGAUACUGGAUUGGGACAAUGCAUGGAGACAAUGAAAGUUAGGACAGGUGAUUCCAGAGACGCGUUGAUGAGACAAACCUUUCACCCUUACCCUCCAGGCUAUUACCUGCCCAGACAGCUACCCAGACCACGACCCUGGCACCUCCUCUAUGAGCAUUAUGACCCUGUUGAGGGCCCUGGAUGCUGUUCAGAUUUAGCCAUCUCUUUCCACUACAUAGAUGCAGUGGGAAUGCACACACUAGAGUACUACACCUACCACUUACGCCCAUAUGGAUAUAAAUACAGAUUUAACCCAGAUUAACUGAUUAACAAAUAAUAGAAACAACAGAAAAUCUAAAAAUAAGACAGCAUUCAAAAUGUUAUCUUUUAAAGUGAAAUUUAUUAAUACAUGUUUACAUUACUUCACAGUAAGACCAUUACAUGUAAAUAAUGUUAUAUUUAUUGUUCUAUAAUACAUAUUAAAACAGGUUUUACAAAG